AUGAGCAAAAAAUGUGCUCGUGAGGACUGUGGGAAGACAGUCUAUCCAAUUGAAGAACUGAAAUGUUUGGAUAAAGUCUGGCAUAAAGGAUGCUUCAAAUGUACGGUGUGUGGAAUGACACUUUCAAUGAAAAACUACAAGGGAUAUGAUAAGAAACCUUAUUGUGACCCACACUAUCCAAAAACUGUCGCUUCUGUGGUAGCGGAUACUCCGGAAAUGAGAAGAAUCGCUGAAAAUACCAAGAAUCAGAGUAAUAUCAAAUACCACGCCGAGUACGAAAAAAUGAAGGGGACCAAGAUCGAAAUCGCCGAUGAUCCGGAACUUGAAAGACUGAAGAAAAAUACUCAGGUCCAAUCCAAUGUUUCCUAUCACGGAGUUCUUGGCCAAAAAGCUCGUCAAGAAGAGAGUCGUCCAAAGGAGGAAAUCUCGCCAAACCCAACACCAAGUGUUGUUGAACAACCCAUUCAAUCCACUCCAACUCCUCCAGUAAAUGACCAAAAGCCGAAAGCUGUCCAAUCGAAUUUCAAGAAAGGACCGGCAUCUGCCAAAACUGUGAAAGCCUAA